GCGCUUCAAUCUGAACAUCCCGCGCCAAGCACAGUACCAGGAAGUGGUUCCCAAAGGUUAACGUGGAUAGUUUGUUUAUUGUCAAAGUUAUAAAUGAGACCUUUUUACGAAUGGUCAUGACAUAUCAGACAGGGUGUUUUGGAAGACAGCUCAAUAUUCCGAUAAUAUGCAGAGAUGUGCUGAAUGUAAGUCCUAUUUAGCUAACAUCAGCACUCGGAUAUUAACAUCACGGCAACGGCAACGGGUCAGCCCGGGCAGUAGCCUAAGCUUUUGUCAACUCUACCACGAUGCCCUCGCUCAAAAUUAAAGGGGUAACAGUGGACUUCCCCUUCACACCAUAUCCAUGUCAGACGGACUACAUGAGUAAAGUCAUUGAAUGCCUACAAAACAAGGUGAAUGGGGUCCUGGAGAGCCCGACUGGUACGGGCAAGACGCUGUGCCUGCUAUGCGCCACCCUGGCGUGGAGACAGUACUUCAAGGACACCAUCUCCGCCCGCAAGAUCGCAGAGAAGAUGGGAGGGGCGGAGCUCUUCUCUGACAGGCCCCUGUCAUCUUGGGGUACCUCGGCCACGGAUGGGGACUCACCAAUGUACUACACUGACGUCCCGAAGAUCAUAUAUGCAUCACGUACACACUCCCAGCUCACGCAGGUCAUCGGAGAGCUCAGGAACACCUCAUACAGGCCAAAAGUGUGUGUUCUUGGCUCGCGUGAACAACUUUGUAUUAAUCAGGAAGUGAUGAAACAGGAAAGCAAUCACGUGAAGGUUCACAUGUGCAGGGCCAAGGUGUCAACACGCUCGUGUCUUUUCUACAACAAUGUCGAAGAGAAGAGCACCGAUAAAGAGAUCAUCAACUCCAUAUUGGAUGUGGAGGAUCUAGUGAAAGCCGGCAAUAAGCAGAGGGUAUGCCCAUACUACUUGUCCCGGUCUUUAAAGCAGCAGGCUGAGAUCAUCUUCAUGCCGUACAACUACCUCCUGGACCCUAAGAGUCGCAGGGCCCACAACAUUGAGCUGCAGGGGGCCGUGGUCAUCUUUGAUGAGGCGCAUAACGUGGAAAAGAUGUGUGAGGAGUCGACGUCGUUCGAUCUGACCCCGUAUGACCUGACCUCAGCUCUGCAGGCUGUGGACAAGCUACUGCACGAGCAGGUGGGGGAUGCUGGGAAGGAGGAGGACCUCAGUGAGACCUCCAGCUCUGCUCUGAAGCUCGACAUAACAAGUGUAGCCAAAAUAAAGCAGAUUAUAAUGGACCUAGAGAUGAACAUCAACACUUUUGAGAUUCCACCAAGCAGUCAGGGUAUUACUAAACCUGGAAGCUUUAUCUAUGAGCUCUUCCAGAAGGCCCAGGUGACCUUUGACACCAAGACGUCUGUGGCGGAGACCAUUGACCAGAUCACGGGAUACCUCUCCAGUCAACCUGGAAUUUUCCUCAACACAAGUGGGUUGCAGAAGCUAGGUGACAUCAUCCAGUUGGUGUUUGUAGGCGAAGCAGCAGAGGCAAGUGGUGUGCAUUUGGAGAAGAGAACGCGGCAGUUUAAGGUUCACAUUCACGCCGACACCAGCAGCUCCAGGAAGAAGCAGAACGCUGAUGUGUGGGCUCCAGCCUCCUCCAAAAAACAAGGGAACGUGCUGAGCUACUGGUGUUUCUCUCCGGGCUUCAGCAUGCAGGAGUUGGUGCAGCAGGGCGUGCGCUCCAUCAUCCUCACCAGCGGCACCCUCUCCCCCCUGUCCUCAUUCACCGCAGAGAUGCAGAUUCCGUUCCCUGUGAGUCUGGAGAACCCACACGUUAUCCAGCGUGAUCAGAUCUUCGUCAGCGUCAUAGACAAGGGCCCAGAUGGAACAAUUCUCAGCUCUGCCUUUGACAGGAGGUUUCUACCAGCGAACAUGGCGUCAUUGGGCAACACUGUUGUGAACCUCAGUCGCGUGGUGCCCGAUGGACUGCUGGUCUUCUUUCCGUCCUACCCUGUCAUGGACAAGACCCUGGAGUUCUGGCGGGGCAGCGGCCUGGCCGGGCGCAUCGAGAACAUCAAGCCCAUGUUUGUGGAGCCGCGAGGCAAGGCCACUUUUACUGAGGUAAUUGACGGCUACUAUGAAAGAGUGAACGAGCCAAAUGGGCGAGGAGGAAGCUUCUUUGCUGUGUGCCGAGGAAAGGCCAGUGAGGGUCUGGACUUUGCGAAUUCGUAUGGGAGGGGUGUGGUCAUCACUGGACUGCCCUUUCCUCCUCGCAUGGACCCGCGGGUCACGCUCAAGAUGCAGUAUCUGGACGAGAUGAGCCGCAAGAGGGAGGCAGGAGUUAAGUAUUUGUCAGGCCAGGAGUGGUACAGGCAGCAGGCAUCUCGUGCAGUGAACCAGGCCAUCGGGAGAGUGAUCCGCCACCGGGAAGACUAUGGAGCCAUCUUCCUCUGUGACCAAAGGUUUAAAGGCACUGAUGUUCGAGCCCAGCUCCCCUCCUGGGUGAGACCUCACGUCAAACUGUACGACAGUUUCGGAUGCGUGGUGCGAGACGCAGCGCAGUUCUUCAGAGUCGCACAGAAGCUGAGGCCCCCCUCAGAGAAGAAGCCUGCCCCCCUCCCUGCCUCCUCCAGUCUGUGUGGGGGAGCCAGUGGCAGCGGUGGUGGGGGGGGCACGGGGGGGUGCAGGGGGGGUGGGGGCGGAUCUGGGGCAGCCUGCUCCUCCCAGAAGGCCAAGAUGUUGGACUCCCACGUCCCCAGCCUCAAACGCCGCAGGACAGAGGAGGCGGAGCUUGGUGUAGGCGUGGCCAGGCUGUGUGUUCAGUAUGAGGCUGAGCUGCCAACCAAUCAAAGACGAGCUCGGGGGCUGCUGGAUGCCCUAGAACACAGUGACCACACUGGACACACACAGCAAGACGCAAACACUCAGGAGAGGCUGGAGGAGCGACCCAGCAAUUGGACACAAGCCAGCAAACGUAAAAUCCGAUUGGUCCAGAGGCCGACGGCACCUGAGCCUCCGAGGUCAGAGGUCACAGGGUCGUGGAAAGGUCACGACUUCCUGUUGGAGUUGAAGCGGAAUCUGAGCCAGGAGAACUUCACUCAGCUCAUGGAGGCCCUGAAGACCUACAAGGAGUCUGACGAGCUGCUCGACUUCCUCGCCAAAGCCACCGCUCUGCUCACACCCGACCCCAACACACACCGAUUACUCCGAGGGCUGUACCAGGCAGUGCGUCCCCACCAUAAGAAGCGUUUCCAUGAGCAGUGUGUGUUGCUGACGGGGGAGGGGUGUGGAUACAAGACUGAGCAUUCGUUAAGCCGAGAACAGAGACGGGCACUAACCACUCACACAGAGAGUGAAGCCUCCUCAGGUCUCGUGGAGGUUGCAGUUGGCGUCCCAUCCUCGGAGAAAGUUUCUGGUGCAGACCAGUCCAAAGAGCUCUCAGAGCCGACAGUGCUGAUGGCGGACAUGCAGAAAGCUUUGGGUGCGGACAAGUCCAAACAGCUGUUCUCCUGCUUGAGCGCCUACCGCAAGAACCACCACUACGACCAGAUGCUGUCCACUGUAGUCAGCCUGCUCACCGAGAGGGACGAACACCUGCAGCUCCUAAAGCGGCUUGAGGUGUUCAUCCCCGCCUGUGACCGAUCUCGCUUCAGGGAAAUGACAGCAUCCUUGACAGGUGGUAGCCAAAGCCACGAAACCCAGCCAUCAGCCUCCAGUGACAAGGGGAAAUCCCAACCCAAGAUCUCGGCCUUCUUUACAGGUCAUAGUUAGCAACUCACUAAUUGACUGAAUCCAGUGUUGGAUUUUCUUGCAGAAUGUAACUUGUCCUGUGAGUGUUUCGUGUCUUGUGACACAUACAGUAUGUUACAAUAGAAGCAUCAUGCAAAUGUUUUUUAUAUCAUUAUCAGAAAUGAAAUUAAAGUAUUUAAUUUGGA